AUGUCGAAAACUGAGUAUCGAAGUGUCAUAAAGUUUCUGUUUAAAGAAGGUUUUUCCCCUGCCCAAAUAAAAGAACGAUUGGAUGGCGUGUAUAAGGAGUCUGCCCCCUCCUAUAGCACAGUGAAAAAUUGGGUGAAAGAGUUUCGCCUCGGGAGAGAAACCGUCGAAGACUUUGGCCACGAUGGUCGACCUGUGGAAGUGCUCACUCCUGAAACGAUUGCUCUUAUCGAAGAGGAGGUUCUGAAUGACCGCCGUUUGAAGAUUAGAGAAAUUGCAGCAAGGCUUGGGCUCUCUAAGAGUACCGUUCAUCGCGCGAUCCAUGAACAUCUUCACAUGAAAAAAGUGAGUGCAAGAUGGGUACCGAAACUUCUUUCAGCGGUACAGAGACAGGAAAGAGUGCGCUGCGCUUCGGAGUUUUUGGAUCUUUGUGGCGAAAAUCCAAAGACUGUGAUCGAGCGGCUAGUGACUGUGUAG